GUGCCGCUGUGGCGGAAAGAUGGCGGCUGCGGAGGCUCCCCAGCUGUCUGCGUCGACUUCGGCUACGGCUCUCGGGGAGGUGGAAGAUGAAGGGCUCCUGGCGUCGCUGUUCCGGGACCGUUUUCCCGAGGCCCAGUGGCGGGAGCGGCCCGAUGUGGGCCGUUACCUCCGGGAGCUGAGUGGCUCGGGACUGGAGCGCCUGCGACGCGAGCCGGAGCGCCUGGCGGAGGAGCGCGCGCAGCUGCUGCAGCAGACGCGCGACUUGGCCUUCGCCAACUACAAGACCUUCAUCCGCGGCGCCGAGUGCACUGAGCGCAUCCACCGCCUCUUCGGCGACGUGGAGGCGUCGCUCGGCCACUUGCUCGAUCGCUUGCCCAGCUUCCAGCAGAGCUGCAGGAAUUUUGUAAGGGAGGCUGAGAUAAUCAGCUCCAACCGACGGAUGAACACCCUGACGUUGAACCGACACAUGGAGAUCCUCGAGAUCCUGGAGAUUCCUCAGCUCAUGGAUACCUGUGUCCGCAACAGUUAUUUCGAAGAGGCCCUGGAGCUUGCAGCCUAUGUACACCGACUGGAAAGGAAAUACUCUUCCAUCCCUGUCAUCCAGGGUAUCGUGACUGAAGUGCGCCAGUCCAUGCAACUGAUGCUGAGCCAGCUAAUCCAGCAGCUGAGGACCAACAUUCAGCUCCCUGCCUGCCUCCGUGUCAUUGGCUUCCUGAGGUGCAUGGAUGUCUUCACAGAGGCUGAGCUGAGAGUCAAGUUUCUUCAGGCCCGAGAUGCUUGGCUCCGUUCUAUCUUGACCGCCAUCCCCAAUGAUGAUCCCUAUUUCCACAUCACCAAAACCAUCGAGGCUUGCCGCGUCCAUCUGUUUGAUAUCAUCACCCAGUACCGGGCCAUCUUCUCAGACGAGGACCCGUUGCUGCGCCCAGCCACAGGUGAGCACACCGUGAACGAGAGCGCCAUUUUCCACGGCUGGGUGCUGCAGAAAGUUUCCCAGUUCCUGCAGAUGCUCGAGUCUGACUUGAACCAGGGGAUAAGUGGCCGCCUCGACUCUCUGCUGGGCCAGUGCAUGUACUUUGGGCUGUCCUUCAGCCGUGUUGGGGUUGAUUUCCGUGGCCAGUUGGUUCCUAUUUUCCAGCGGGUGGCCAUCAGCACUUUCCAGAAAGCAGUUCAGGAAGCCGUGGAGAAGUUUCAGGAAGAAAUGAUCUCCUAUACCCUCAUCUCCGCUCCAGCAAUCCUAGGCAGCUCUAACCUACCCACAGCUGUGCCAGUCACACAGCCAGGAACUCUGCAGCCACCAAUGGUUCUUUUAGACUUCCCACCCCUUGCAUGCUUCCUCAACAACAUUCUGGUCGCCUUCAAUGACCUGCGCCUCUGCUGCCCUGUGGCCCUGGCACAGGAUGUGACAAGGGCCUUAGAGGAUGCCCUUGCUAAGAUAACCAAAGUCAUUCUGGCUUUCCACCGUGCUGAAGAGGCUGCCUUUAGCAGUAGGGAGCAAGAGCUCUUCGUCCAGUUCUGCACUGCCUUCCUGGAAGACCUCGUUCCUUAUUUAAAUCGCUGUCUUCAAGUCCUUUUCCCACCAGCGCAAAUAGCACAGGCAUUAGGCAUCCCGCCCGCCCACCUGUCCAAGUACGGCAACCUGGGCCACGUGAACCCCGGCACCUUCCAGGAGCCUCUCGCCGCCAUCCUGCCGAAGAGGGAGCCGCUCCCGGUUCUGGACGAGAAGGAGGUGCUGGCCGGGCCCUCCACCCCCGUCCCUCCCCCGGCCAUGGAGCCCGACCUCCCGCCCGAGCCUCCCAGACUGGACCCUCAGGGAGAGCAGGUGGUGUGGCAGGCCAGUGGGUGGGCGGCCCGCAUUGUGCAGCACGAAAUGGACCACUUGCAGGGCUGUCUUUUCAUUGACAAAAUGGACAGCAAGACGUUCACAAAUGUCCACUGGAUGGAAGUAAAUGACUAAACCUUCCCUGCAGCAUCUGAUGUGCUGAUUAUGAAACAGACACUUCGGCUUUGAGUUGGGCCUGGCUUACUUGGGAUCAACAGAGCCUUGCCUGGCAGAAAACCCUGGACAACUAAAGUAGGCCAAAACAAAUAUUUUGGAAAGAAAAUGUUAAAUGUUUGCCCUGAAAGAACUGUUAGCAGAAAUUACUGCCUCAAACUUGAGAAGAAAAUACUCCACUAGAGAGACUUCCGACAGUUGAGUAAAAGUGAGACAAGUCAACCACUUUCAGGACUUUCUGAGAUCUCCCCAAAGCCAAGAUUUAACAGAGUAAUCCCUGGGUGUCUGAAAACUGUUUAACAGUGCAGGCCCAGGUUGUGUGCCCAUCCAUGUUCACCAAAUUUUAACCUUCAUGAAUGCCUUGUGGGUGUCUUACUACAGCUUCUUGACCUGAGACAUCAAUAUGCUAUGAAAAUUAAAGUGCAGGAGAUUGG